GGCCUUCUUCUUCUUUAAACACUUGUAAGUCCCACCAGGUCUACUCUCCUCGAAAAAAUCCAAAUCGAAUCACGUUUCUUUUUGCUAACCAAAGCAAUAAUUUUGCUCCAUAACUAUUAGUAAAACCCUUCUGUUUCUGAUCUGCAACUAAAUCCCAAAACCAAAGAAAAGCCAUUUAAGCACCUUCCAUGUGAGCCUUUUUGAAAAUUGAAACUUCCUCAGCCUCCAUCAACAGACAACCCUCGUUCUUGUUUUCCUCCUACUUAUUUGGUCAUCUUAAACCCUUCAAAAAUGUCCCUUCACUCUCUCUGAUCACACCUUUUGUGUCUCUGUUACUAGAAAAUGAUGACGCUUUUAGCUCCAAAACCGCUGCUGAUUCUCUGUACUCUAUCAUUUUACUUCUCCUACGUUAUGGCCUUUUCGGCCGGAGACACUCAGAUCCUGCUCCGGGUAAAAACCCAACUCGACGACCCCGAUGGAAACCUCAACGACUGGGUUUCUGGCAGCAAUCAGAGUCCAUGCAAUUGGUCAGGAAUCACUUGUGAGCAGAAAAAUUUCUCCAUUGUUUCAAUAGACAUGUCCAGGUUUGGUGUUUACGGCGGAUUUCCAGCUGAGUUGUGCCGGAUUCGGACCCUUCAGAACCUCACUUUGAACUUCAACUCCAUCAACGGUACACUCUCCACUAAGCUCCUGUCUCUCUGCUCACACCUUCAAGCUUUGGAGCUCGAGGAGAACGACAUCGUCGGAGAAUUGCCGGAAUUUCCACCCGAGUUUACUGGUUUACGAGUCUUGAAUCUCAAAAUGAACAACUUUACUGGAGAUAUCCCGGCGAGUUUCGGGCGGUUUCCGCAACUGAGAGUGCUGAAGCUUGCCGGGAACUUGCUCACCGGUCCGUUUCCAAAGUUCUUGACCAACCUGAGUGAGUUGACUCGUUUGGAUAUUGCUUACAAUCCAACAAUGAAGCCUAGUUUGCUCCCUCCAGAAAUCGGAAACUUAACCAAUCUCCAGGAGCUGGUUAUCUUCAACAUCAAUCUAACAGGCAAUAUUCCGGACUCCAUCGGAAACCUGGUCUCGCUCAGAAACCUGGACUUGUCCCAGAAUUCGUUAUCCGGGACAAUUCCAGAGAGCAUUGGAAGGUUGAGAAGUGCACAACAAAUAGAGCUCUAUUUGAACCGAUUGUACGGCGAAUUGCCGGACAGUAUUGCAAACUUGACGUCUCUGCAGAACUUGGAUUUGUCACAGAACGGAUUCACAGGCAAAUUCUCUGAAAGAAUAGCCGGAAUUCGUUUCAUUUCUCUGCGACUGGCCGAUAACCUUUUAGAGGGCUCUGUUCCGGAUAUCGUAGCCAACAGUCCUGAUCUGGUUCAGUUGCAUCUCUUCAAUAACAGCUUUUCCGGUUCACUCCCGGAAAAUCUAGGCCGAAAUUCAGCUCUGCAAGAUUUAGAUGUCUCAACCAAUAAAUUCACCGGCGAGCUGCCUCAGCAUCUCUGCUACGGUAAAAAUCUCAGCAGUCUGGUUAUAUUCUGGAACCAAUUCUCUGGAAAUUUACCGGAUACACUAAGCGAGUGUCAAUCCCUGAACUAUGUUCGAAUUGAACAGAAUGAACUCUCCGGUCAAGUGUCGGACAAGUUUUGGGGUCUGCCUCUGCUUAUACAUCUUCGAAUGCAUAACAACAGACUCAGCGGACCGGUUUCGUCUUCUAUUUCCUUUGCUAAUGGUCUCGAAGCCCUUACGAUCUCUGGCAACGUCUUCUCCGGCCAGCUUCCACCGCAGAUUUGCAAGUUGUCCGCGCUGGUAGAGCUGGACGUGAGCGACAAUCAGUUUUCCGGUGAAGUUCCGUCUUGUAUGACAGAGCUGAAGAAUCUUCAGAAGCUUAGGAUGCAGCAGAAUUUGUUCACCGGUGAGAUUCCAAGACAUUUGAGUUCAUGGACCCAGUUAACCGAGUUGAACCUAUCCAAAAACCGAUUCUCAGGUCCAAUUCCUCCAGAGCUGGGUGACUUACCGGUGCUGAAUUACUUGGACCUCUCUGAUAACUCACUCACCGGUGAGAUUCCGGUGGAUUUGACCAAGCUCAAGCUCGGCCAGUUCAAUCUCUCAGACAACAAACUGUACGGUGAGAUACCAACUGGGCUGGACUACGAGCUCUUCGCACCGGGUCUACUGGGCAACCCGGGUCUAUGCAGUUCGAAUUUAAAGCAGGUUCAUCCAUGUCAGAGAACCAAAUCCCCUACUCUUUUAUUGGCUGUUAUUCUCUCCAUUUGCGUUGCACUGCUGGUUGGAUCUGUUCUUUGGUAUCUGAAAAUUAGAGCACAAGUUUUUGGCGGUAAAGCCAAACGGCUUUACAGUGUGACCUCUUUUCAACGGGUCGGGUUCAAUGAAGACGAUGUGUUUCCCUCGUUAACCAAUGAGAAUCUGAUUGCAACGGGCGGGUCGGGUCAUGUUUACAGAGUGAAGUUGAAGUCGGGCCAAGUUUUGGCGGUUAAGAAGCUAUGGGGUGGAAGUAGCAGGAAGCCGGAAAGUGAGUUGGUCUUUAGAUCCGAGGUGGAGACGCUGGGUCGGAUCCGGCAUGGCAAUAUUGUAAAAUUGGUGUUCUGUUGCAGUGGGGAGGAUUGUAGGAUAUUGGCCUAUGAGUACAUGGUGAAUGGGAGCUUGGGUGAUGCUUUGCAUGGAGAGAAGCUUGGGCCUUUGGUGGACUGGGCCGCGAGGUUCAACGUUGCUUUGGGCUCGGCCCACGGGCUGGCCUAUCUUCAUCACGACUGUGUUCCGGCCAUCGUGCACCGGGAUGUGAAGAGUAACAACAUAUUGCUCGACGAGGAGUGGACACCGCGUGUGGCCGAUUUCGGGCUCGCCAAGACGUUGGAGCGUGACGUGGCAUCCGGACAUGGUGCCAUGUCACAGAUAGCUGGAUCCUACGGCUAUAUUGCGCCAGAAUAUGCAUACACACUAAAAGUUACUGAGAAGAGCGACGUCUACAGCUUCGGUGUGGUGUUACUGGAACUGAUCACCGGUAAGAGGCCGAAUGACUUAUCCUUUGGGGAGAACAAGGACAUAGUGAAGUGGGUUACUGAGGCUGCGUUGUCUUCUACUUCCUCUUGUGAUGGGGACGGUGAAAAUGCAGAAGGUUGUGGGAUUGAUCUUAGCCAGAUUGUUGACCCAAGAAUGAACCCAACUACAAUGGAUUUUGAAGAGAUUGAGAAUGUUUUGAAUGUGGCUCUUCUUUGCACCUCUGCGUUUCCAAUUAACAGGCCAUCCAUGAGAAGAGUGGUCGAAUUGCUGAAAGAUCAGAAACCAGCUAGUCAAAAAUGAUGAACCAAAUUAAACCUCUGUGGGAACUCUACGCCAGUCAUUUUUGCUAGUUUUUUUUACUACGAGUAGCUUUGUGGUGCAAAAUUUAAUCACCUGGCUUAGGUUAUUGGGGCUUUUCUUAGUUAUAAAGUAAGAACAAAGUACGUAAGUUUUACUUAAUAAUGUCGUUUAUUUCUCACUGUUAUUUGAAGGCAAGCGCACAAGUGUUUGUUUAUGAAUCAAGGAUAGUAAACUGAACUAAAAUAUGCGACUUAGUUUCUCAUUCACUUCCUCUA